AUGACGAUUGUCAAGAAAUUCCUUUUGGUUUCCUGCGUUGUGGCUUGUCUCUCGCACGCGUUCGCCGCUACUGCCCCCAUUGUCGUACGUGACACGGAGGAACUCGACACCCAUCCAUCAUAUUCGUUCUCGUAUUCCGUUGCUGAUCCAGCCACGGGCGAUAAUAAACAACAGAGUGAGACACGCGACGGUGACGUUGUUUCUGGACAGUAUUCUCUCGUGGAACCGGAUGGCAGUCGUCGCACCGUAGCUUACACCGCUGACCCAGUUCAUGGUUUCAAUGCAGUUGUAUCGAAAUCCGGCGAAUCGAACCACGUCGAGAGCGUUCCAGUCGUCAAACCGCUUAAAUAUGUAGCGCCCGCCGCGAAAAUUGUAACUGCUCCCGUUCGAUACGUCGCUGCUCCAGCUCCCGUUCGGUAUGUUUCUGCGCCCGCUCCUAUUCGGUAUGUCGCUCCAGCUGUCAAAUACGUUGCUCCGGCAGUGAAAUAUGUCGCGCCUGCCGCUAAGAUCACCGCAGCACCCGCAAUUACCUAUGCAUCGGCGCCAAUUAUCUCGCAUGCUCCCAUUGUCGAGACCCAUGCACCGAUUUAUCAUGCCACACAUGCAGCGCCGUACAUUGCUCAUGCUCCCGUCGCCUAUAGCACACAUGCUGCCCCCUACUUUGCGUCGUACAUUCAUCAUUAA